AUGUCAAAAUCUUUGGGAAAUGGAGUUGAACCCGACGAACUUAUUGAAAAAUACGGCUGUGAUAGUUUACGACUUUUUUUGCUGGAAAAUAAUAUUUGGGGUUCUGAUCUAAUUUACGAAGAAAGUAAAAUUAUUGAAGCCAAAUCAGAAACCGAAGCCAAGCAAGAUGUACUGCAAGGUAUGGACGAAUUUGAUGAUGAGACAAUUAGAGAAAUCAAAAAAAUUUUUGCUCCUUUUUAUGAGGUCAUUAAGGAAGUUAGAAUGAAUGAAUUACGGAAAGAAUUAUUGAGAGAGCAGAUGCAACCUUUUCAAUUUCGGGCUAAAUGUGGCUCGGCCAUUGAGGCUCAUAGUUUACUAGAAUCGGCUGAAAAAGAGCAAUGGGAGCAAAUAUAUGGAGAAGUAAAAGAAGAACAGGCUCGGCAAGAAAACAUCCCCGAAUGUAAAAAAUGUCAAUUGCGACGGGAGCAACCUUCAACUUGA